AUGAACGUUACCUUUCCUGACGGAGAUCCUGACUUUCAGGUGGUUCAUUUCUGGAGAUCCGAUGGCCAAGAGGUUUACGUGGACAUCUAUUCACUCGAUAUGUUCUACCAGUACAAUGUUCGGAUAUGCAUCAAUUAUGGCUCUCAGCUCGGGGCGUCGGUCGUCCUGCUGGUCUUUCUACUUCUCCUGACACACAGCGACAAGCGCGGCUCAAUGGUUUUCAUUUUCAAUGGCCUGGCAUUGCUGUUUAAUAUCUUGCGACUGCUCUUCGAGACCAUUCAUUUUUCCACCCCUUUCGAAAAGAUCUAUCCCUUUUUCUCUGGCGAUUACUCGAGCGUCGGGUCCAGAGCCUACGCCAUCUCCAUCUUAGGCACCGUCUUUGAGACCAUGCUUGUCAUGUGUAUCAUGGCCUCAUUGGUCGUGCAGGUGCAGGUGGUGUGCAAAACCCUGCGCCGUCGAUACCGAAGACCUUUGCUCGUACUGUCUGUGCUGGUAGCAUUGGUACCCAUCGGAGUUCGCAUAGGAUGGAUGGUGAUCAACUGCAGGGCCAUCAUGGCACUCGAGAACACAGGGCCAUGGGUGUGGCUCCAGAGCGCACUCAAUAUUGUCAUUUCUGCCGCUAUCUGCUUUUUCUGUGCCAUUUUCGUCGCCAAACUGGGUCAUGCGAUCAAACAACGCCGCCGACUGGGUGUGCGAGACUUCGGUCCGAUGAAGAUUAUUUUCGUCUGUGGUUGUCAGACCAUGACGAUCCCUGCUCUGUUCUCGAUCAUUCAAUACUUUUCACAAGUGCCUGAGCUUGCCGACAAUGUUCUGACCCUCGUCACCCUUUCUCUGCCGCUGUCCUCGAUCUGGGCCGGCGCGGCACUAGAGAACACCCAGCGGAUCGAAACACCUCGCAGCCCCCGCAACCUGUGGCGCGCGCUCGCCUUCAAUCUGAGCCGAUCGAUGCCUACAAAUCGUUCGAGAACCGAGAUGACUGCCACGGGUUAUACGGGGCAGACCUUGUGCUAUGUAGAUCAACAAGUCAGCAAACAUUCGCACGACUCGGAGAUGCCCCUGGCAAUCUCGGUUGAGCACGAUAUCUCUGUCGACUCUGUUAGAAAUUCUCGGAAGGACACUUCUGUCGUUUAA